UCUCGUCCGGUAUCUGAAUAUCUAGUAGAUUCCUUUGAUCGUCAACAUACUUACCUUCGUAUAUCUCUUACGGAACGAUGCAACUUACGAUGUACGUACUGUAUGCCCGAAGAAGGUGUCCCAUUGACACCAUCACAACAACUUUUGACAACGGACGAAAUUCUCAAGUUAGCAGAAUUAUUUGUACGAAAAGGGGUAACCAAGAUUCGAUUGACAGGAGGUGAACCUACGGUACGACCAGAUAUUAUAAACAUUAUUCAAGGUAUUGGUGAACUUAAAUCACAAGGUCUGCAGAGUCUUGGAAUCACGACCAAUGGUAUUGCGCUCAAAAGGAAAUUGCAGGAUUUUCAUAUGGCUGGCCUGGAUUCCGUCAAUAUUAGUUUGGAUACCCUAGAUCCAGACAUGUUUCAGAUUAUGACAAGACGAAAAGGAUUCGACAAGGUAAUGGGUGCAUUAGAUGAAGCCAUACGAAUCGGGAUCCCUCAAGUGAAAAUCAACUGUGUGGUGAUGCGUGGAGUGAAUGAUGAUCAAGUGCUUGACUUUGUGACAUUGACGAAGGAUCUUCCUAUCAAGGUACGUUUUAUUGAAUAUAUGCCAUUUGAUGGAAACCGAUGGAAAAAAGAAAAAUUAGUACCAUAUCAAGAACUUGUGGAUCGGAUAGAACAAACAUUGGGAAAGAUGAUGAAAUGCAAGGAUGAUGCUCACGAUACAACCAAGCUCUAUCAAGUAUCUGGAUAUCAGGGAACUGUUGGCUUUAUUACUUCAAUGACAGAUCAUUUUUGUCAUACUUGCAAUCGUAUUCGGAUCACGGCAGAUGGUAGUCUCAAGGUGUGUCUCUUUGGUAAUGCGGAAGUCUCUUUACGUGAUAUUUUACGGAAACAGGAUGGUGAUGUGGAACAAGAAUUACUUCAGGUGGUAGGCAAGGCAGUCAAGAAAAAGAAGAAACAACAUGCUGGCAUGUUUGAAUUGGCAUCAAGGAAAAAUAGACCCAUGAUUUUGAUUGGCGAAAACUCUUUAGUUUCGAUAUUAAUACUUAUUUUAAUAACAGUGUCAACACGAUUACUGCCACACAACAACACUCGAUGGUAUACAACGAUAAGAAAAAACGACAAUGGAACUCGCUUGACACAUACGGAUCCAACAACAGGCGAAGCACGUAUGGUAUCAGUGACGGACAAAACUUCAACGAAGCGGGAAGCAAUAGCUCAAGGACGGAUUCUAUUACCCAGCCACGCUUUUUCACUUUUGGAAACUAAUGAACUACACACAGCCAAGGGUAAUGUACUCGUGGUAGCUCAGAUUGCAGGUAUUCAAGCGGCCAAGAAUACAAGUCAAUUGAUUCCUCUUUGUCAUCCUUUACUACUGGGCUCAAUAGAUGUCAAAUUAUGGCUUAAUAAGGACGAUUCAUGUGUGGAAUGUUCUUCGCGGGUAGAAACAACCGGUAAAACAGGUGUGGAAAUGGAAGCAUUGACAGCAACUAGUGUGGCCUUACUCACUGUGUUUGAUAUGUGCAAGGCAGCUAGCAAAUAUAUGCAAAUUCAAGAUAUUCGCGUAGUGCAAAAGACAGGUGGUAAAUCGGGUCCAUGGCAUUGGCAAGAUACACACAAUACAUUGUAG